CUGCUUUACUAUGCGCCACGUGUACAGAUUCAAAGUAGCUGCGCAUCAAGCGUCACCCUCUGCUGCUGAAGUAUCAAAUAUCUCCUUCUCUUUCUUUUCAACUCCCGCCAUUCAUUCAGAUCCUGAAAUUCCCAAAGAAGAGCAAAAAUGCUUUCUUUCCAGCGAAAUCUGAUCCGUCCAUCUGGCCUCAUCCUAACCGUUCAUAUUCUUUCAAUUUGGAUCAUCGGAUUCGCGUCUCGAGAAAUCAAGCCGUCGGACCACGGCUUGCCGUACCAGAGCUCGUCGGGAGCGGAGUCGCCCGAGAUGGCGGCGUUUUUCAACGGGACGUCGUCUGUCGUGGCGAGGAAUCCGAGCGAUCCGCACGAGACGGGGCCCGUGGAGUUAGGUCACGUGAGGGGGGAGAGGAGAGGUCACGUGAUGGAGGUGGUGCUGAUUGCAGGGAGCUUGGUUCUUGGCGUUGUUGGCAUUACUCUAGCCAUCGUUUCUGCAUUCUUCUAUCUGUUUCAGAUACGGAGAGGAGACAAACGCCAAACGCGAUGCGCGCUGGGAUAGGCUCUUCGCGGUGCACGUGCUGACAUGGCAUACGCAUGUGAGAUCCAAACCGUUCAUUAGUUGAGGCCCAUGCGGACGUGGCGAGGAUAAAACAUCUGGAUCGUUUCACUCAUCAAAGAAUGAUACCUAUGCUAUAGCUAGCACGCUUGAGAUGACGACUUCGCAGAUCAUGUUCAAAUGUGGAAAACGUUUACAUGAUCCGGGCCGUUCAUCAACUGGUAUUGACUGUAAACAUGCUACGGCUGAAAAUUGGAUAGGUCACACAUGUAUCCUGGAUAUGAAUAGUUGAUUGAUAUCUUUGAACCGUCCAUUUCUU